AUGAAUUCCAGACUUAAUCCGUAUCAAGAUGAUCCAUGCUCUAACCCAUAUGCAGAUGAGUAUGCUCCACCACAAGCAGUUUCUACUACACAACAAUAUCCCGAACAACAAAACAUUUCAAAUGAUAAUUCAGUUCCUAAAGCAGAUAGCUCUAAUUAUGAAUAUCCAAAUAAUUCUAUUUAUGAAAUGGCCAAUCCUCCACAACUUCCCCCAACUUAUGCACAGCAAGGAUCCUUUAGAAAUACAGGAUAUCAUCGCCAGAUCGAUAUAGAUGAGCAACAAAACCAAGAAGAAGAUCCUGAUGAUGUAAAUCCCGAUGACUUACCAGUUCCAAAUGCCAGGGUUUGCAUUUUACUCACUUGUUUUUGCAUCCCCAUAAUUGGGCUUAUAAUUUGCUUGUAUUCACAUGGUACAUGGCAUCCAGUUUUUGCCAAGGCAUGCAAAACUUAUACAUUAUACGGCUUUGUUAUUUGGGGAGGAAUUAUAAUUUUAAGUCAAUUUUAUAAUUUUCACCUCUAG